AUCAACCCGAUGCAUGCAUGUUGUAUUACUGUUAUUUUGUUGUACCAGUAAAAGAUUCAAAAUUUAGAAAAUAAAAAAGUCUUUAUCAUUUACCCUGUUUCUAUAUUUUUCCCGAACUAUAUUGUGCCUUACUUGAUAUUGAUUGAGCUUUUAAAAUUUAAACAUUACCGCAUCACAGUAUUGAUUAUUGAAUGUUAUUUGUUAACAUAAUCAAGUUAAAUCGUAGGUACUUCAAUCACAAGCAGCUCACAGAUAUGGCCACAACUCCUCUACUUCGUGCUGGUGAAGAUUACAAGAAGAUUUUUGAUGGAAAGGUUUAUGCAGAUACACUGUUCAACCAAAUUGAAGUCGAGGGAUUCACGUUCACAGAGUUUAGACUUAAAACACUUCACAACAUAUUUUCAAAAGGGACUAUAAAAGGAAAAUGUCUUCUAGAAAUUGGAUCUGGACCGUGUAUACACACAGUUAUACCAGCAGCAAAAUGGUUUGAUGAAAUAAUUAUGACAGACUAUUCCCCUUCUAAUAGAGAUAUGCAAGAAAAAUGGUUGAAAAAAGAUUCUGGUGCUCACAAUUGGGAUAUCUAUUUCAAGUACUACAGCAAACUAGACGGAAAUGAAGACAACUGGCAACAACUAGAGGCUGCUUUAAGACCGAAGAUUAAGAGAGUACUUUCAUGCGAUGUACAUUUACCAAACCCUCUAGAUCCAAUCAAGUUAGAGCCAGUUGAUGUCAUCUGUACAAGUGCUUGUCUUGAAUCCGCCUGUCCAGAUAAAGAUUCAUAUCAUAUUGCCACGAAAAAUGUAGUAUCUUUAUUGAAACCAGGAGGGAAACUGAUUCUGAUCGGAAUCCUGAACUGUACCCAUUAUACCGUUGGAAGUGAAAGGUUUCAAUGCGUGUCCUUGACAAAGGAUGAUGUUGUAAACACCGUCAAAACGAAUGAUUUAAAAAUUAUUGAAAUCUUUGAUGAUGAUAGUUCAUUGGAUAUGGAUGCAGCACCAUUCAACGGUUCUGUCAUUAUACUUGCUGAGAAAAAAAGCACCUAGAUAUGAAUCUUGCUGGUGAAUUUUUCAAAGACACCUGCUUCUUAUUGUGCAUACCACUGCUUCUAAUAUAGGCCAGUUCUUUAGUAAGAUAUAUGUUGUCCGUCUUAUAAUAUACUAUAUCAUUCUUAAACAUCAAGCUCAUAAUUGUGAAAAGGAUUUCUAUUGUACAAAUUAAACCUUAAAAUUUAAACAAAAUAAGAAAACACUUCAUUUCCCUUGCACAUAUUUGAGUUCUAUUAUCAAUAGUUAUUGAAGGUAUCAGGAUUAUAAUCCUCAUGUUAUCUUUGUAUA